CCAAAUUCUUUGAAAAGUAACUGAACACAGAUUUGGGUGUCUUUGGACACGAUGAUAAAGUCUACCUUGCUUCGUUCUUGCUCGUCCCCGUUGCUUCUGGAACCCAAGGAUCUUCAUUGGCCACGGCGAUCGUCAUCGCCGGCGACGAGGUUCGCUUCGACUGUGUGUUCUUCUUCUUCUUCUUCGAGAAGCGACGCUGAUAUUCCGAAGCUCGAGCCUUUUAGCCGAACCAGGUUCGAACGGGCCGUCAAAGACCCGCCUUUGAUCGAGAAAUCCGAGAACGAACUCGCCGAUUACUGUUCGACGCUUGAAGGAGACAAAUCGUAUAGCUGCUGGAGAGCGUAUUUUGAGCUCAAAGAUCUGGAGAGAGAAGCACCGAAAUCGGAUGUGGAGAAGUUGAUCCUUCAAGCCGGCGGCGUGAAGUCCUUGAUCGGAUGCUUACACGGGAUUGCAGACAUCCACAAGGGGAGGAAGAAAAGAUUCGGUUCGACUGAGCCGCUCAACUCUGAAAAGACCGAGCGACUCGCGCCAAUACCGGAUGGAUUGCCAAAGUCGCAAGCGGAGCUGGAGGAGGAAAAGAAAGGUAUCCUGCCUGAUUCCCCCUAUACUAGAAUGCUUAGAGCUAAGGGGAAGUUUCCUGCAUGGUAUUCUCCUGCCCCUGACCAUGAAACAGAUUGAUAUGGAGGGCUAUUUUGUAAGGUAGGACAUAUUGUAGAUAAUGAGUAAGGAUGUGAUUGUUUAUAGAUGUGGGAGUUUUGGUCUGAAUGCAAUUGUGCAAUGUUUGCUUGAGGUUGAGAGUAAAGAACUUUGUUGUAUAAUUAGUUUGAGAGUGUUGGACUGGUUUUUCCUGAUGAAUGAUGGAACUAUGAUCAUUAUAGUACGUGAGGUUAUUGUGCUUAUUGAUGAAUGGUCA